UCAGAGCAGUAGAAGAAGACGCGGCGUACGUACGUACGUACGCACGCACGCUGCCAGGGGUUGCUUUUGCUAUCGCUUCUCUCCAGUUUACCAUGGCUGCUUCAAAGCCAGUCGAGCCACAGUCCGGGACGGGCCUGCCCCGCUGGCAGCUGGCCUUGUUAGUCGGGACUCCCAUAGUCUUGGGUGUGGGAGCCGUGUAUCUAUGGAACCGCAGCAGGGCGAAGGAGAAACGGGGCAAAGGUAGCGGAGAGCGGAAGACUCCAGAAGGCAGUGCUAGUCCCGUGCAGGGCCAAGACGGCGCAGCAAAAGCCAACCAAGAGCACGAAAACCUGAGCCCAUUGGAUAAAGCCCAGGCAGCAAAAAACAAGGGCAAUAAAUACUUCAAAGCUGGAAAGUAUGAGAACGCCAUCCAGUGCUACACAGAAGCCAUUAGCCUCUGUCCAACAGAAGAGAAGAGUGACCUGUCCACAUUUUACCAAAACAGAGCCGCAGCCUAUGAACAGCUGAGCAAAUGGACAGAGGUUGUCCAGGACUGUUCUAAAGCGGUUGAGUUGAAUCCACGCUAUAUCAAAGCCUUGUUCAGGAGGGCCAAAGCUCUGGAGAAACUGGAUAACAAGAAAGAGUGUAUUUCAGAUGUCACAGCGGUCUGUAUUCUUGAGGCUUUCCAAAACCAACAGAGCAUGCUCCUGGCAGACAAAGUCCUCAAACAACUGGGCAAAGAGAAGGCCAAAGAAAAAUACAAGAAUCGGGAACCCAUGAUGCCUUCUCCUCAGUUUAUCAAGUCUUACUUUAGUUCUUUUACGGAUGACAUCAUCUCACAGCCUCUACAAAAGGGAGAGAAAAAAGAUGAAGACAAGGACAAAGAAGGCGAGGCAGCUGAGGUUUCUGACAGCUCGGGCUACCUGAAAGCAAAACAGUACAUGGAAGAGGAGAACUAUGAUAAAAUCAUCAGUGAAUGCACAAAGGAGAUUGACUCAGAGGGGCGGUACACAGCUGAGGCCUUGUUGCUGCGUGCAACUUUUUACCUCCUGAUUGGGAAUGCUACAGCUGCUCAGCCUGAUCUAGACCGUGUAAUCAACAUGAAUGAGGCCAAUGUCAAGUUAAGAGCCAACGCUUUAAUCAAACGAGGGAGUAUGUACAUGCAGCAGCAGCAGCCUCUUCUCUCCACACAAGACUUCAACAUGGCCGCCGAGAUUGAUACACGAAACCCAGACGUCUAUCACCACAGGGGGCAGUUGAAGAUCUUACUGGACCAGGUGGAUGAAGCUGUUGGAGACUUUGAUGAGUGUAUUCUUCUUAGACCUGACUCUGCACUGGCACAAGCACAAAAAUGUUUUGCUCUUUAUAGACAAGCUUAUACUGGAAAUAACCCAGCACAAGUACAGACAGCCAUGGACGGCUUUGAGGACGUCAUCAAAAGAUUUCCAAAAUGUGCUGAAGGAUACGCUUUAUAUGCUCAGGCUUUGACUGAUCAGCAGCAGUUUGGGAAAGCUGAUGAGAUGUAUGACAAAUGUAUUGAGCUUGAACCUGAUAAUGCUACCACAUAUGUCCACAAAGGAUUAUUACAGCUUCAGUGGAAACAGGACCUGGAUUUAGGCCUAGACCUCAUCAGUAAGGCCAUUGAAAUUGACAACAAAUGUGAUUUUGCCUAUGAAACCAUGGGAACUAUUGAAGUACAAAGGGGUAAUCUGGACAAGGCUAUAGACAUGUUCAACAAGGCCAUAAACCUAGCCAAAUCUGAGAUGGAAAUGGCCCAUUUGUAUUCAUUAUGUGACGCAGCAUAUGCCCAAACAGAAGUGGCCCGGAAGUACGGUCUGAAACCUCCUACUUUGUAAAGUCUGUCUGCCAAGUGAAUGCCAGUCUCCAGUCUUCAUUGCUGAACGUAACUGUGUUAAAGUAAAAAUGCACCUGCCUGAACUUGCUUUGUUAAAUGAAAAUUGUGAUGGAUACUGAAUGAUGAGAAAAACGCGAGGGGGAAAAUGUCUAGUGUUUACAGUGUAUUAAAUGGCUCACUGUAAGAAAAGUUAUCCUGAUGAUUCCUCAGCUGAUUAGUAGAGCCAUGUUUUGCUCUGAAAAGGACUGAGAAAUGUUCAUGUAAGGAGUGACCUGUAUUGCAAUGCAUAUUCUCAAUAGUGUGAACUAAUAUGCAAGAUUUCAUUAAAAAGAAUAAGCCACUGAGCAUAGUUUACUCUACAAGCUAUUUGUGGAUAAAUUAUAAAUUAAGUAACAACAGUUUUCUCUUUGGCGUUUUUGGUUCUUUAUUUACAUGGAAACAAUGUAGCAUUUUGCCAAUCACAAGUAACAUAAAAAAACUAACUUAUAAAUGCGCCACCCCACAGUUUUUCUCCCCAGAUAUACGUCUCUUUAUUGCUUCAUUGAAAUAAUGCAGGUUACAAAUACUUGCACUUGUAAAAUCUUAAAAAAAUUCCACACAAAUGCAUGAGAGAUGGGUAGACUGGUAUUCUAUACCUGAAUACAAGUUUUUUGUGUAGUGUUUUUUGGGUCAUAAUUUAAAAACAUUUAUCCCCAAACUAUUAACCACUUAAUUUUUCAGGGACCAAUUUGUUGACUAACCUUGAAAUCUUGCAUACUAUGUAUACAAAUAUUUCUUUUUCAGCCAGUUUGAAGGGGGCUUCUGUGAGACAAAUCUAUAUACAGGAAAUACUGUGAGAGCUUUAUAUAAUUCGAAUGGACUGUUCACGUGUUCAAGUGUUUUGUCCAUAUACUUCCAUAUUGUAACACAAGUCCAAUUCAAGGCUCAAAAGUAAUGGUCAAUUGUGUCUGUGAUUGUAAUGCUGGACUUGAUCCCAUGCAUAAAAUGCUUACAGGAGGUUUGUGUUCUGUUGGUGACUGAAGUUGUGCUAUGUUCAGAAUGCCUGGUUUAUUUUUUAUUUUAAUGACUAUUUGGCAUGUUCAAUCUCAAUGUAAAUGCUAUGCUUGUUCAAAACACUAGAUUGUCUGAGGUAAAAGAUUUGAUUCGAAAUGCUAA